CGGUUUGCCGUCCGUCGCAUCGCAUCGGCACUCGCCAGUUCGGUGUUUCGUCGCGAUCGCAUGGCGCAAGACGCGCUGCUACCGACUACGGUGCGUCGGCCCCCCAUGGGGGCUCUGCCUCCCUGUUGUGCCCCCUUGAGGCUACGGCCUCCGCCGUCCCGCAAUCCCGACUCGUUACUCGAUAUUACGGCGAAAAAAGUCGCGGAAACGAUCCCUUUCGCGCGGAUCGAGGAGAAAUACGACCGCAUUCCCGAGCCCGUGCAGCGGAGGAUUGUUUUUUGGAGUUUUCCCAGGAACGAGAGGGAUAUUUGCAUGUACUCGAGCCUGUCCAGGAUACAAAAUAACCAGGAGACCGGUAGCCUGGCUUUCUGCAAGGGCAUGAAACUACUGGAAAGUGGGUGUGUUGAGAAUGUCCUGCAAGUCGGCUUCCAUCUUAGCGGUAUGGUAAGUGCUCCAAGAAGCUCGCCCCCACCAACGCUGCCUUGUGGGGCUCCCGAGCCUCCUCACAAAUUUAAAGUAUCUGUUAGUUUCGAUAGGUGUAAAAUAACGUCGGUUACGUGUACGUGCGAUACUAGAGACAUUUUUUGGUGCCAACACGUUGUAGCGUUAUCGUUAUAUCGGAUACGAAAUGCGGAAACCGUUAGACUACGAGUUCCUAUAUCUGAAACUUUACUGCAAAUGGACAGACAACAGCUACAGAAAUUCGUUCAGUAUCUGAUAGCGGAACAUCAUACGGAAGUGUUGCCGACCGCCCAAAAGCUUGCUGAUGAAAUUUUACAACAACGUAGCGAAAUUAAUCAGAUUGCUGGUGCUCCCGACCCAACAGCUGGUGCGGCCGCAGACGAUGCUCAUUCAUGGCACCUAGACGAAACGCAAGUCUGCGAGCAAGUGAGAUCUUACCUUGCGCAAGGCGCUUAUUACAACGCAAACAAACAACUCAAUUCGCUCUUUUCAAAAGUGAGAGAAAUGUUACGAGCCCAAGAUUCAAACGGCGCGCGGAUGUUGACUUUAAUCACCGAUCAGUUUUUACAAGAUCCGCGUUUGCAACUCUGGAAGACCCAAGGCACGCCCAUGACCGAUAAGUGCAGACAGCUCUGGGAUCAGUUGGGGUCCCUCUGGGUGUGUAUCGUCCUUAAUCCCGGUUGCGCCCCAAUGGAAAAGGUGCAAUGGGAGGUGCAGCUAAGUAAGUGGGUCAGGGUGGACGUGUGUCCGCCGGAAGAUCCGGAUUUUCGAGCGCAACUGAAUGGAGGACAAAGAGACUCGUAUUUAAAUAGGGAUAGGGAUAGAGAUAGGUUUUGGUACGAGAGAGACCGAGACCGGUUUGUAGAUAGAGAUAGGCGAGACCGCCGAGAUAGAGAUCGAGAGAGCCGCGAGAGAGAAAGAGACAGGGAUAGAUAUAAUAGACCAAAUUACGCUUCUUCGGAUAGUUCGAGCGAUUCGGACGAUGAUAACGAACAAAAUUACAGCCCCAGGGGGCCAAAAAGACUAAGACUGUCCGGCGGGCAUUCGAAGAGCCAUAGCAAACCUAGUUUACCUCGUACCAUUUUUCACAGAGCUCUAGAUGCAGUGGGUAUGUCCUGGGAUAACAUGCACCUGAAAAACAUCCUCUCUAGUGAUACAUACUGUUCUCACGUGCCAGACAAUUCGAAUUCGAACGGUAGCUUCAAUUCUCAGGGACAGCCGCUAUGGCACGAACCGAUUCCAUGGUGCGCGGCACGCGUCGACUCUCUACGAUCGCACGGCCAUUCCGAGGCCGCCUUAAGGCUCGCGGUUUCGGUGGUGAGAACCAUGAAACAGCAACAGCUGCAAGCGCAACGUCAGUGGCACGAGAGUCAACAGGAGAAGGCGACCACCUCGUCCGCUCCCAGUACUAGUCAGCAACCUAAGCCCUGUACAUCCAGGUGUCAGGGAGCCUGUGUGAGCAAUUCCUGCUCGACAACUAGUGUAACCGCUCCUGCUAAUCAAGAUGGUUGGGUGGGACAUCCUCUAGAUCCUAUUGGAUGCCUUUUUGAUACUCUGGCUGAUGCCUCUACAAUAUCUGAUGAUCAAAGGCCAAGAACACCUAGUUAUCUUGAUUUAGUGAGCAUGGAUGAUCAACACAACAACCUUAGGCCAAGGUAUCAACAUAUACCUGUAGUAGGAUCGAGAGAUCGAUCAGAAACGUACCUUACGUUAGCCUUUGAGGUGGCUCUGAUAGGCUUGGGUCAACAGAGAGUUAUGCCGGUAGGAGUUUAUGCCCAGGAAAAAGCGUGCAAACAAGAAGACAGACUUAUUGCAAAGCUCCAAGAAAUCGAGUUAGAUAAUAGUUUAGUAUCAGUAUUAAGAAGGCAGGCAAUCAUUCUGCUGGAAGGCGGGCCUUCUAGUGGAUUGGGUAUUGGAAUCCAUCCGGAGUCCAUUCCAAUGCACACUUUUGCCAGAUUUUUGUUCCUAUCACUUCUAAACUACUAUCCGGACCUCGCAUACGAGGUGGGCUUGCGCGCCAUGCGCCUCCCUCUACUCGAAGAAACGGAACAUGGCGAAGGCGGAAGUAACCCAAGUAGCGGAAGCGGAAGUGGAACUGGAGGAAAUAGCAACGGCGGGCCGGGGGGCUCGAACGGGGCCGGGCCUUCUAACGGAGGGACGGGCGGCCGGCCCCCUCCGCCACCCCGCUGGUACACCCUCCAGUAUAUCGAGAACCAGCAGUGCGCGUUGAGCAGUACUAUGCUUAGUGCUGCCAAAGGUGAAGUAAUGAGGUUACGUACAGUAUUAGAGUCGUCCCAGAGACACAUCCACAGUUCCUCGCACCUGUUCAAACUGGCACAGGACGCCUUUCGUUUCGCCACACCGGAAAACGGGCCCAGACACCCUACGCUGUUAAGCGUCGCCUUCGAAUUGGGAUUGCAAGUGAUGCGCAUGACUCUCUCGUCGCUCAAUUGGCGCAGACGGGAGAUGGUGCGUUGGCUCGUGACGUGCGCCGUCGAACUCGGUUUGGACGCCCUGAUCUCGCUGAUGCAGAACUGGUACCAGUUCUUCACGGCGACCGAGGCAGCUGGACCGGUGGCCACCACCAUUAUGUCCAGGGGUACCAUACUAAGAUUACAGUUAAGUUUUCAGCAACAGGAGGAGCUAAGCAGUUGUGCUAGGACAUUAGCGUUACAAUGUGCCACAAAAGAUCCGCCAAAUUGUGCCUUAAACGCCCUGACCCUUUGCGAGAAUGAAGCGCUCGCCUUCGAGACUGCUUAUCAAAUUGUGGUGGAUGCCGCGUCACAUAUAAUGACGUCGUCGCAGCUUUUUACUAUCGCCCGGUAUAUGGAGCACAGGGGCUACCCUAGUAGAGCUUAUAAACUUGCCAUGCUGGCUAUGAAAAAUGUUCAUUUGGCGUAUAAUCAGGAUACUCAUCCAGCAAUCAAUGACAUCCACUGGGCGAUGGCUCUGGCGCACUCGUUAGGUAAAACCGAACUCGGUCAUAUGGUUCCUCUUCUAGUGAAAAACGUGCAAUGUGCCACCGUGCUAAGUGACGUACUAAGAAGAUGCGGGGCGACACCUCCGGGAGGACCUCCAGUCGUUCCUCCACCCCCGCAUCCGGACCACCAGAAGCAUCCUCCACAUCGGACUAGGUGUUCUGCACCCGGUCCAAAACCUUUGUCAUUUGACCGGCCACCUCUGAGGCCCCUACUGGAGGCAGCCGUAGCAGCCUACGUAAACACCACUCAUUCCAGGCUAACCCACAUUUCACCCAGGCAUUAUGCAGAUUUUAUCGAAUUUCUGGGACGAGCCAGGGACACGUUUGCCUUGGCACAUGACGGGCAUGCCCAGUUUGCGCAGCUGUUGGAGAAUAUGAAGGUGGCCUACAAAGGUAAAAAGAAGCUGAUGUUCCUGGUCAAAGAGCGGUUCGGCUGAUGACAGCUAAAGAGGUGCUGCGCCCACCCGCAGCUCCGCCAUUUCGGGGGCUGUUACUAAAACAAACAAACAAAAUAAAAAACAAUCCAUACAGGGUGUGAAAAAAAUCCAAAACGUUAUUUUUAGGCCUCCCUGUAUCUCUUAAUCAAAACAUUCAAGUGCAAUACGCGUCCCUUCUUUCUGCGUAACAGCCCGCUUAUUAUUGACAUUCGAAUUAAGCUUUAUUUAUCUUGACGUUACUACUAAUAUUUGAUAGACUGAAAGUACGCUGACUGACGUCACGAGUUUUAUUAAUUAGUUUAUGUUUCUGAAAAAAAAAAUACCGAUCUCAGAUUUAUUAAAAUGUAUGUUUUUUUUAGGUUAGUUUGUUUUGUUACUUCGUGUUUGUUAGGCGUUAUUAUGUUUUAAUUCUUAGUUAUGUUCUCAUAUUUUAAGUUUUUUUUUUCUUACCAAAGAUUAUUUGUUUAACUGAUGUAUUAUAUUAUGUAUUAAUUAGGCAAUGAGAUUUUUAAAGGUCAAUGCAAAUUAUGCGAGAUCUUUUUCUGUAUAUUUUUUCGCUAAUAUGUAAAUACGUCAUACUUUCGUGUGUAAAUAGCUCAGCAAUAAGAGAACUUUUCUUCUUCAUUAAAUAGGCCAUAAUAUACAGGGUGUCUUAAAAAUCUGUAUAAAAACCGUACCGGGGACGACCUGUACAUACAUAAAAGAAAAAAAAACAAAAUCGAAGUGAUUAGACUUACAGAUGCUUCCUGUUUAAAAAAAAAUUAAAUAUAUUUUUUAAGUACAAAAUAAAAUAGGCAUAAAAUUGCAGAUAAACUUUAGUGAUUUAGGAUAGUUAACUUGUUUUUUUUUUUAAUUUGUUUACGUAUUAAAACAAAAUCAAAACGCAGUGUUGCCACGAUUUUUGUUUAUUAACUAAAAUAGUGCUGUGAUUUUUUACUAAAUAAUACAAUAGUCCGUAUGCCAAUGUCAUAAAAAAAUAUACAGGAAGACCAUAUAUAAAAUACAUGGUGGGCCAAUCAAAAAAAAUCGCUCCUGAUUUUGACAUUUCGCGUGAGAAAUGUUUUGCCCAUAGCAUCUUGUCACUUUCACCCCCUCGAGGGGGUGAGCCCUGGCCACAAAUCCUUAAAUAGGAAUAGCAGUCAAAUGAUGAUCUUUGUUUAAAGGCAAUUGAAUUAUUGUACAGAAAGUCUUCAUUUUUAGACGAAAGAUGACACGUAUUUCGUCUACUAAAAGGAAAACUAAAAAUAAUAAAUAACCUUGUAUAAAAAUACAAUUUAAACGAUUAAAACAUACCAAUAAAAAUUGACUAGCAAAAUUACAUAGGGGAACAUGGGGAAAGACGGGGACGCUAAACAUUUAUACAAAAAAAAAAUGUAACAUUACAAUAAAAAAAUAACGUUUAUUCUAAAAUCUCUUUCAUUAACAUCCAUAACUGUCUUGGCAUAAAAACAAUUAACUUAUCUUACACCAAAAAACAAAAAAAAACACAAUUUUCUUUACAAAGGAAAAAUCCCAUCUUACCCCAGGCACGGGGCAAGAUGGGACAGCCCUCGGGGUAAGAUGGGGGUAACGAGUUUAUUUACAAACAUCACAUGUAUGGCAAAUAUCUAAACAGUCAUCUUCUUCUACUCCGGCGCAAGAAUUGUGGGACCACUUUUGACAUAUUUGACAAGCUAUCCAUCCUUCAGUGGACCCCACAUACCUAUCACCACAGUAUAAACAUUCGGUGUCGUCUUCGGCUGUAUUCUCUAAAGCACCAUUUGUUCCUUUAGUUUUAUUUUUGACCUGUGUUUCCUUUUUAACCUCUUUUUGCUUUCGAACUAGAAGUUUUUAGAUCUUCAAGUUUCUUUUCUUUCUACAGUAGAAACAGGCAUUAUCUGAGCUGGAGUAUAGUUUUCAAAGCUGGUACUUAAGUCACGGUAAACAUUUUCUGUAAAAUUUGAGCAAACUCUUUUAGGUGGCGACCCACUUGCCUCUGGGGUUUUAUGUAACGGACUAUGAGAUAAUGUGGCAAGCUUACUAAAAGGGCAAUUAUCUUCAUUUGAGCUUUGGUAACCGGGAGAUGUGUAUGGGCCUGAUAGCUGGUAGAUGGCUGAACAUCAUCACUAGAACCUAUGGUUGAGUGAUUACUAGGAAUAGCAACCGGAAUUACAUUCUUAGUUAAGUUUGGCUGAUUUUUUUCAUGGAUGAUAGAGGGAAGACCAUCUUUAUUUGCAUUUGCUUGUGAUUGAGGAACUUGCUCAUCCUCCGUUAGGCUUAUGUUUGUUGUUUCUGCAGCAAGAAAAUCGGCAUCUGUAAGUUCUCAGAGUUAAAUUGCCAUUUGCCGCAUUUCCGAAAUCCGUUAAUCGCUGUAGACAUAGUGGCCGCUUGUAUGAAAGCUUUACCAAAAAUUUCGCUAAUUUGGAACAUGCUAAUAACUCUAUCUGGAUUAGAUCUAAGCUGUUGCAGCUUGGUCAUAAUACUCAAAGGGUUCAUAAAAGAAACAUCCAACGGCUGAAGCCGAUGAGUGCAGUGAGGUGGGAAGAGGAGGCAGAUUAUAAUCACACCGUUUUCUUUAGCAACGUCUAUAAGUUCGAUGUUCUUUGUGUGCGUGGAAUGGCCGAGUAAAAGUAGCAUCGGGUUGUCUUUAGUCGCUCCACUGAAUUGGACGAAAGCUUUGAACCAUGAGACAAAUAUGUCUGUUGUCAACCAUCCACUGGCAUUGCAAUGAAAAGUUGUUCCUGGUGCCGAGUUAUUCAUUAAUUCGGCUUUCAUCCGUUUCCGAGGAAAGAUUAGCAUCGGGGGCAUAUAAUUCCCUGCUGCGCUAACACAAAUCUCGACCGCAACUGUUUGUCCUCGUUCAGCUGAGGAUAGCGACCCAACUUGCUUCCUACCCUUGCGUGAAAUUAUCUUUGACUUUGUCUUGAAACAGAAGAGACUCCCGUUUCAUCACAGUUAUAAAUCCUAUCUGGUCCUAGUUUAUAGUUAUCUAAAACAUCACCCAAAAGCUUAUAAAACUUUGCGACGGAAAUUUUAUUAAAGUCCAUAGCCCUAGCAGCUGAGGUUGCCUCAGGUUGCCUUUCUUAUAGAUAAAUCACUGUGACGUUUUAAAAAUCCUUGAACCCAGUCUACACCGGCGAGUUUGGCUGUUUCAUUAAAUCUAUGUUUCUGAAUAUAACCAACAAAUUUUUUUGUGAAAAGAUGCUUCUAUACAGGUACACUGCAGUAGGAAUAAUAAGUUUCUUUGUGCACACUUUAAGGCAAGCGAUAUAAUAUGCCAUAAAAUAAGAUCAACGAAGGUCAAAAUGGUAAAUUGGUAACUCGAGCAGACGCGCACCGAACGAAUGUCUCGGAUGCACUGAGCGCAGGUAUUGUCCGGACAUGUGACUCUAGGCAAUAAAGGUGGUCACACACUUUUAGGUUUUGAUGUAAUCGGGGUACCCUAUCUUACCUCAUGAUCCCGUCUUGCCCCUAGUUCCCCUAAUUAAAACGUAGGGGAGACCGAGGUAAGUUGGAACAGAAAAAACUUUUGAUUUUUUUUUUGGUUUAACUGAUUUAAUUAACCACAAUUUUUUGCAUAAAUGUCUUCUACCAAUUUUUUUAUUCUGCGUAAAUUGAUUAAAUAUGUAUGUCAAAAGAUUUUUUUCUAAUAAGUUGAACUAUCGUUACAAUUUGCCUCUGGGUAAAAACUAACACUAUAUUGGGUAAGUUGGAACAUAUAUUUUUCAAUGCUCUAUUUGCAUUAUGAUACAUAUAUAGAUAAAUCAAAAAAUGUAUGACUACAGAGUAUUUCACAUUUAGUGUUUGAAAAUGUGGAAUAACAUUUGGUAUUAGUAUUAGUUUUUACCUACUAUUCAGAAUCAGAAUCGCAAUUAUGGUAGAUCUAUGGAAAACUUCCAUCUGUGCAAAGCUUCAUGUAACCACAUUUUGCAUUCCCUGCAGUAAACUCUACUUUUCUUUGAGUUUACUAUUUCCAUAUCAUUCAGUGCAAACAAAAACAAAAAUACUUUUCUUCUGAGGAAUCAUCUGAAACUAAAACUUUUUCUUCACUUUUAAUUUUAUAAUUUCUUUGGAUUUUUUACACUUUCGACUAUUUUGUUCUUCUUAUAGCGCAUCUUUCUCUAGCCUAUCAGUAAGUAUCGCCGAUUUCCUUUUUCUUCGGACCCUAAGGGUUGUCUUUUAUUGCUCAGUCUGGGGAAGUGAGCGACAGCAAAUUCUGGGAAAAACGUUAUUUUGCCUUUAGAAGUCCUUUGUGAAGUAGUUCUAGUAAGUUCUGAUGUUCUAGUUCAUACAUUUCAGAAUCAGAGAACACACUAGCUGGUGAAUUAGAUGUGGGCAUGUCAUGAGUUUCUUUAGGUGAAUCGUCUAACGUCGCAACAAGUUCCAGCUCAAUUGCUUGAGACAAUAUAGAAGGUGCUUGAGACGGAGAUCCGUUAUACUUGACGGUAAAAACUCGUCGUUGCCAGAAAUAUCUCGAUUAAAAGGUUCUAUGCCAGAAACCUUGAAUUUAUUCAUUAUAUUUAUUGGGGUGGUUGCUAACGGUAGGUUUGACCAGCCUGUGUUUACAUCAGGUAUAUGUCGAGAACCUCAUAGCUCCAUUUAAAAAAACUUACUGAGAAGCAAGACUUCAGAGAAACCCUUGGAUUUUAUAUGCUGUCCAAAAUCUUGGAUCUCCUAAGCUUCCUUUUUAUAAUGCCUAUAACCUGUCAUAUAACUUUUUACUACUUAUUAUUUCGGGUAAUCUGUCGUAUUGAUAGGAAUUGGAAAAUGCGAUGUUAUUAGACAAAGAAAGCAAAAAAAAUAUUUUUCAAAAUGCUACUUAUUAAUAUUAAUAAAUAAAAUUUCGUCUUAAUAAGCUACUCAAUAAGCAGUAACAAGUAAUAUGACUCAACUCGAAGCCUUAUAUUCAGGAGGGUGUCCACCUUGUAUAUGUCCUCUUGUUCUUUGGUUAUAAGGAACCUGAAGGGAUCCGUUCGCCUUUUUCAUCCUGGACCGGUGUUAAACCCGCCCAUUUCUUCGGGCUCGAAUCCCAUCAGGUUUAGUUCUUCUUUUAUGUCCUUAAGGCUGAAAUUUCUGUCAAAUCACGUUUAGUUUCCUAUCUUUCUCAAGGAAGUAGGAGUGGAACUCCAUCUCCCUCUCCUUGAGGAGUCCUGUCAAAUUUCGGUGAUCCUGAGAAGUCUUGGAGAAAAGCACUAAGCCCAGCCUUUCGUUUUGGGUUUUUAAUAUAUUGCUGUUAUUUUCUAUAAUAAGUUUGAAUUUCAUUGCCCAAUUUGAAGUGUCCCUAAUAACGACUUUUGGAAUUGUUCAAAUUUUGGUGUCAGCGCUUUUUCCCUUUCCAGCUAUUGACAGGUUAUUUAGGGGCAUAUACAAGGUUUCUUUUUGAACCUUCAUCUCUCCCCCCGUCAUUCACGCUCCGCUUUUCAUUCUUAAUUGCGUUUGCAUUUGAGAUUCCUGACGGACCAGGUUUUUGGUUAUCGUUAUUUUUUGUUUCUUCCAGAUCGGUUACCUGCAUCUCCUCCUCCCGGGGAGAUGAGGAGAUGUUUUUGAUGUUGAGGUUGCUGAUGAGCUUUCUCCGGAGCUCGCACCCUCCACCGAGAUCAAUUCGGGAGUGAAGGAUAAUGAUUGGGAUUUGUAAUAUCUUCUCUUGAGAAGAUGUUUUCGGGAUUUGUGUGGGUAGGGAUCGCCAGCUAGAGUCUUACCCUGCUCUUGUUUUUUGGCUCUUUCUUUUGAAUGGUCUGUUGUUUCACCGUCUGACAUGUCCAAUUCUUGUCUAUGGCGUUGUCUUUGCCGGCGGUGGUUUGGCCCCCCACUGACUAUGGGGGACGAGUUGACGCUAUAAUCCGCCGUUGGAAUUGAACUGCAAACUUUCCCUUGCAAGUUGAUUCGAUACUGAUUUUGUAACGGUAAAACGUUUUCUAGUCGAUUCGAGCGUGACCGGCUUGCGCAUCCUUGCGAUCUACUUGGCAGGGUUGUCGAUGUUAACAAAAUGUUUUGGAAUCCUCUGUAAAUAAAUUCCAACCAAAAAAUUUAAAAACUUAAAAACACUCUGAGGUACUUGAAUGGGUUUUCACCCAAAAAAAAAUGCGUUUUCUGAGUCAUAGUUUGAUAUACGAAACAUUUUUCUGAGUCUAAUACUUUCUGAUCUAGAUUUGAGGUUUAUGGGACAAAUAAUGACUCUUAAAUUGUUUAAUUAUUCUUGGGCAUUUUGCCAUAUAACUUCAAAGCUAUUUAAUAUAUCUGUGUAAUUCCUUUACAGUAAUAUAGAGGGCACUCUGUAAAUAAAUUCCAAUCAAAAAUUUUCAACUUAAGUUAAAAAUUGACUUAACUUGAACACUUUUUUAAAUAUUUAAAUGCAGUCUUUACUCACAGAAAAGGCGAUUUCUGAGGAAUAAUUUUAUACCUAAAAUAUCUUUAAGGAUCAAAUAUUGUCUGAUUUAAAGCUAGUUUUACGUACCAAUACUUCUUCUAUUUAUUACAUUUUUUUAAUAUGUUAUUUUAGUAACCCAGUUUAGUUUUUUUAAGGAUUAAGUUGGAUGUGGGGUCAGGUUUCACUACAAGGGAGACAAGGGUCUUUUGAAUAAAAUAAAAUGAAAAUCCUAUUGAUUUUAUAUAAAAUAAUAUAAAAUGUGUUACAACUUACUUCAUGUUACUAUCAAGUAGUUGAUUCAAUUGGUAUUAACUAUGCAUCAUGACAACUUUGUAGCAGAGCAGUGCAUCAGAGGAAAUCAUAGUCAAUUUCGCUCUCUGUUUACUGUGAUUUAUAAUUACUGCGUUUAAUGUCAUUCUCUUUACUGCCUUUUUUGUCAAACUCGGAAAAAGAAAUUGACGACGUACAUUUAUUUAAUAUUCUCUGUCAGUUUGGAUGUUACUUGCUGUAUAAAUUUUGAAUCUGUUUAUAGGUCUCCUAAUGGAGAGCCCAACAGCUUUGGAAAAAUCAGUGAGGCACUCUGAUUUGAAAGACUUAAUAUCAUUUGAAGAAAUAAUUUGAUUAUGUAUUAAUAUCAAUUAUGUCCUAAUUUCAUUUAGCAAUCCCUAUUUUCGUUUGAGAUUUUGGGGUUGAGGCUCACCACAGCAGGAAGCUUAAAGUGACAAGGCUGAUGAUAUUGGAAAAUCUUAUUCUUUCCAAUUUUUUUGCUUGUUGUGAAGUGAAUUGUGUAUAAAAUGUUAGUCGUGUUUUUUUUAUUGGCCCAUCCUGUAUAUGCUAUUUAGUGCAAAGUCUUAAUUAAACAUUUAAUUCACUAAUAGCCAACAUAAAAUGAUCCUAUUUAUGGUCUCUUGUAUCUUUUUCUUCAUAACAGUGCCACCAAAUAAACCUACAAACAUUUUAAAACUGUGUUGAUAAAUUUGUAAAUAAUUUUUUCAUUCCACUUUACAGUAAGCCGUGUAAAAUAUAAAAAUUAAUGUGUAAAUAUUUUCGGCCAAUAAUAACGAGAAUGUCGGGAUGUAGUGUGAUGUGUAGUCCUGUCAUUUCUUUUUUGUUGCGUUUCGCUGAACAGUGGAAUUACAUGUAGGAAUGAUUAUUUAUCGAUUAUUUUUAUGAGAAAAUAAAUAAACUAUUUGUAAUUUA